GUCAACCUACUUGAACAGCUGUUCCAAUUCACAAUGCUGAAAUCGGCCGGUUAGAGCACCAUUGUGAAUCAUCCAUCAGAAUUGCAGGCCAAGUAAAGUUGAUUAAAGUAUUCACAAACCUACGAAGCGCCAGUGGCAUACUAUUUAAACGACACAAAUCUUACAAUUGGAGCGAACACGUUGCCAACAAAGCGUUUUGCACAAAUACACAAACAGCAGUCUCACAGACUUGGGGCAGCAAGAAGUCGAAACGCAGUGUCAAAUUGAGAGCCGCAGCCGACUAUAUAAUGACGAAUCCAGAAAUCGAGGAGCAGUUGGCCCCGUUGCGCAUUCGUGUGCAGGAGCAGGGCAAUCUGGUGCGUGAGCUGAAGGCGCAGGGAGCAGCCGAGUUGGAUGUAAAGAAGGCUGUGGCCGAGUUAAAGUUGCGCAAAAAAGUGCUGGAGGAGAAGGAGUUGGCGCUCACCCCUAGUGUAGUGAGCUUCGAUCGGGCCAAGAUGGAAGAUUUGCUAAAGCGUCGCUUCUUCUAUGACCAAAGUUUUGCCAUUUAUGGUGGUAUAACCGGACAGUAUGAUUUCGGACCCAUGGGCUGUGCCCUGAAAUCCAAUAUUCUAGCCCUAUGGCGUCAGUACUUCAGUCUGGAGGAGCAAAUGCUCGAGGUGGAUUGCUCCAUGCUGACGCCAGAGCCUGUGCUGAAAGCAUCAGGCCAUGUAGAACGUUUUGCAGAUCUUAUGGUGAAGGAUGUGAAGACUGGUGAAUGCUUUCGGCUGGACCAUCUGAUCAAGCAGGCGCUGGAGAAGCUGUGCAAAGCCAAGGAUGCGACGCCAGCGCUGCAGGCAGAGUGCGAGGACAUCAUCAUAAAACUUGAUGGUCUGAACAAGCAGGAGUUGGCCGACGUGCUAGCCAAAUACAACAUCAAGUCGCCAUUGACUGGCAAUGAGCUUACAGAGCCCAUUGAGUUCAAUUUAAUGUUUGCCACCCAAAUCGGGCCCACUGGCCUGGUGAAGGGCUAUCUGCGUCCCGAGACGGCGCAGGGCAUUUUUGUGAACUUUAAGCGUUUAUUGGAAUUCAAUCAGGGCAAGUUGCCCUUUGCCGUGGCCCAAAUUGGUAACUCAUUCCGCAACGAAAUCUCUCCUCGUUCUGGCCUGAUACGCGUACGUGAAUUUACCAUGGCGGAGAUCGAACAUUUUUGCGAUCCCACGCAAAAGGAUCAUCCGAAAUUCAGCAAGGUGGCGAACGAAAAGCUAACCCUCUAUUCAGCGUGCAAUCAAAUGGACGGCAAAUCAGCCCAACAAUCGACAAUUGGUGAAGCUGUGGCUGCCAAGCUAGUUGCGAAUGAAACUCUUGGCUAUUACAUGGCGCGUAUUCAGCAAUUUCUGCUCGCCAUCGGCAUUAAGCCGGAGUGUCUGCGCUUUCGGCAGCACAUGAGCAACGAGAUGGCGCAUUAUGCCUGCGAUUGCUGGGAUGCUGAAAUUCUCACCUCGUAUGGUUGGGUGGAAUGUGUCGGCUGUGCGGAUCGUUCCGCCUACGAUCUGAGCCAGCACACGGCAGCCACUGGCGUGCGUUUGGUAGCCGAGAAACGUUUGCCUGCACCCAAAACGGUGGAGGUCAGUGAAGUGGUACCGAACAAGCAAACCAUUGGAAAAACGUUUAAGAAGGAUGCCAAGGCUAUUACUGAGGCAUUGGCCAAGCUCUCGCUGGACGACAUCAAGCAGGUGGAGACCCAGUUGGCGGCUGGUGCCAGCUACAAACUGACGCUGCCCGAUGGUGCCACCCACGAGCUCAGCUCCGACACCAUUGGUGUAAAGCACGGCAGCAAAACGGUGCAUGUGGAGGAGUUCAUUCCGAGUGUUGUGGAACCAUCCUUUGGCAUUGGCCGCAUCAUGUACGCCCUACUGGAGCACAGUUUCCAGUGCCGCGAAGGUGAUGAACAGCGCUGCUACUUUACGCUGCCCCCACUGGUAGCCCCACUCAAAUGCUCUAUUCUGCCGCUCUCGAACAAUCCAGAGUUUCAGCCGUACACACAGAAACUGUCCUCGGCUCUGACCAAGGCGGAGCUGUCGCACAAGGUGGACGACUCCAGCGGCUCGAUCGGACGACGCUAUGCGCGCACAGAUGAGAUUGCCAUACCCUAUGGCAUUACCGUCGACUUCGAUACUCUGAAAACGCCACACACCGUGACGUUGCGUGAACGCAAUAGCAUGAAACAAGUGCGUGUGGAUCUAGAGGAAGUUGUAGACGUGGUCAAGGUCUUGGCAACUGGCCGUGUCACCUGGACGCAAGUGCUUGAGAAAUACCCGGUCUUUGAACAACAGGAGGCCACGAAGUGAGCCCCGCUUACACGUAAAGAUUGAAGAUAUUUUAUACGAAUUGAAAACUUUAAUACAUUUUUUACGCUAUCUGCCUGUUAUGCUUUACUCCUCGCGACGCAUUUAAAACGUUAUUUAUAUACUAUAUGAUUAUCAGUUCAAAAAAAAGCUUAAGUAAAGAAAGUCUCAAC